AUGUCGGGGGACCGCACGCUCCGGCUGCAGCACGGCAACCGCAUCGAGGCCCUCUGUGUGCUGGGCACCCCCAUCUCUGCUGACGUCUAUGGGGCGGCCCCACCUGGGGCAGUUUCCUUCGGGGUGAAGCACACGGAGGGGGUGAGCGUGGAGGUGGCACGGAGAGGGCAGGAGGAGGCAGAGUCAGCUCUUGGCAGCGGGACGCGGUGGCCGUUGGAUGAGGGGACGGUCCUGAGGUUCAGCAUGAGCCAGGCCAGCUCUGAGCUCAACGAUAACAAGGUGACCGUCAGCUUUUACGCAGAGGGAGGGCAGCCCAUCAACCAAACCGGGGUCUUCCUCACGGGCAUUGGAAUCUCUCUGGAUGUUGAUGCAGAUCGGGAUGGGGUGGUGGAGAAGAACAACCCCAACAAGGCAAGCUGGACGUGGGGUCCUGAGGGCCACGGGGCCAUCCUGCUGGUCAGCUGCGACAAGGAGAGUCCCUUCACCCCAGCAUCUGACAGUGACAACGAAAGGAUCUUCAACAAAGAAGAUUUGCUGGACAUGUCUCGGAUGGUCUUGAGGACCGAAGGGCCGCAGCGGCUGCCCCGGGGGUACGAGAUCGUUCUGCAUCUUCCUGUCUCUGAUGCCAACAAAGUUGGGGUCUUUUAUGCUCAGAAUCCCUUCUUUGGGCAGCGCUACGUCCACGUGCUGGGUCAGAAGAAGCUCUACCACACUGUGCAGUACACUGGUGGGGCUGCCGAGCUGGACUUCUUCGUCGAGGGGCUCUGCUUUCCUGAUGACACCUUCUCUGGGCUGGUUUCCAUCCAUGCCAGCCUCCUGGAGUCACUGGCUGAGGGUAUCCCCCCCACACCCAUCUUCACUGACACAGUAGUGUUCCGGGUAGCACCAUGGAUCAUGACCCCCAACACCCUGGCACCAGUGAACGUCUUUGUCUGCAGCAUGAAGGACAACUACCUCUUCAUCAAGGAGAUGAAGGACCUGGUGGACAAGGCCAGCUGUGAGCUGAAGGCUUGCUUUGGCUACAUCAACCGUGGGGACCGCUGGCUGCAGGAUGAGGUUGAGUUCGGCUACACUCAUGCUCCCCACAGAAGCUUCCCAGUGGUGCUGGACUCCCCUCGAAAUGGAGGGCUGGAGCAAUUCCCCAUCAAGGAGCUGCUGGGCCCCAACUUUGGCUACAUGAGAAGAGAGCCCCUCUUUGAAGCCAUCACCAGCCUCGACUCCUUUGGCAACCUGGAGGUCAGCCCACCAGUGACCGUGGCAGGGAAGGAGUAUCCCCUGGGGAGGAUCCUCAUUGGCAGCAGCUUCCCCACAUCUGCAGGGAGGAGGAUGACCAGAGUGGUGAGGGAUUUCCUCUACGCCCAGCAAGUCCAGGCUCCCGUGGAGCUCUACUCUGACUGGUUGUCCGUGGGCCACGUCGAUGAGUUCGUCACUUUUGUGCCCACCUCUGAUGCAAAGGGAUUUCGGAUGCUGCUGCCCAGCCCUGCAGCCUGCUACAAGCUCUUUCGGGAGAAGCAGAAGGAAGGCCAGGGUGAAGCCACCAUGUUCAAAGGGUACUCGGGGACAGACACGAAACGGGUCACCAUUAACAAGGUCCUUUCCAACGACAUCUUGGUGCAACAGAACCAGUAUGUCCAGCGCUGCAUCGACUGGAACAGGGAUGUCCUCAAGAAGGAGCUGGGGUUGGUGGAGGAGGACAUCAUUGACCUGCCAGCCCUCUUCAAGCUCGACAAGCAGGGCAAAGCUGUGCCAUACUUCCCCAACAUGGUCACCAUGAUCGUCCUGGCCAAGGACCUGGGCAUCCCCAAACCCUUCGGCCCCGUGAUGGGGGGCGAGUGCUGCCUGGAGCGGAGGACUCGCUCCCUCCUGGAGCCGCUGGGUCUCCGCUGCCGGUUCCUCGAGGAGGUGGCCUCCUACCACGGCAGCCUCGGCGAGGUCCGCUGCGGCACCAACGUCCAGCGGCGGCCCUUCGCCUUCAAAUGGUGGCACGUGACGCCAUAG